UUUUCCUCCCCUGUACCACUGAGUGAACACAUUUCCGUGAGUGUCGUUUUGAGGUCCAUGUAGUCAUACCUGCGUAUCUCUGUUUAGCAGAAUGGCGUUUUACACUGUGAGAUGGGGUCUUCUUUUAGCCUUGAAGUAAUACCAUAGAUGUCGGACGACAGUAUAUUUGAACAGCGAAAGGCUUCACGUGCAUAUUGAGAUAGUUAGCUUGUUACGCUACGUGGCUAACAUUUGGCCGCUUACGUGAAGAAUGAAGACCGCUAACGGCAACACAAGUGUCAUGGACAUGUUUGAAAAGGGAAAAGUCCUGAAAAUUUGUGCCCCAAUGGUUCGAUACUCAAAGCUUGCUUUCAGGUCCUUGGUUAGGAAGUACAACUGCGAUAUCUGCUUCACUCCAAUGAUCGUUGCUGCUGACUUCCUGCGCUCAAUCAAAGCCAGAGACAGUGAAUUCACUACUAAUGAACGUGACCGACCGCUAAUAGUGCAGUUUGCUGCCCAUGAUGCUCAGAGUCUGGCUGAUGCAGCCUGUGCAGUGGCACCUUUCUCAGAUGGAGUUGACCUCAACUGCGGCUGCCCCCAGAGAUGGGCUAUGUCAGCUGGGUAUGGUGCAUGCCUCAUUAACAAGCCUGAACUUGUUAAAGACAUGGUAAGACACGUCAGAAAUCAAGUGGACAAUCCAAACUACACAGCAUCAAUUAAAAUAAGAAUUCACAAGGACCUAAAGCAGACAGUGGAUCUAUGUCAAAAGGCUGAAUCAGCCGGUGUGUCAUGGAUAACAGUCCAUGGUCGUACAACAGAAGAACGCCACCAACCAGUACAUUACGAUGCUAUAAAGACAAUUAAAGACAGUGUUUCUGUCCCUGUCAUUGCCAACGGCGACAUAAAGUAUCUCCGGGAUGUGGAGUCGACUCACGAGCUCACAGGUGUUGAUGGUAUGUUUAAGCCAUCAGCAAAGAUGACGCUGCAGUGGACUGCUGUGGCUCUCUUUCUCUAUGUGGAAAUUGGCGUCAUUGUCAUCCUCUGUUUACCCUUUAUCUCUGCCAGGAGAUGGCAGAGCAUUUUCCAUCUGAGGAUCUGGAGUUGGAUGUCGAGAUUCUGGAACAAAGUGUUUCUCACUAUGAUCAUAAUACUCAUUGUUCUCUUCCUCGAUGCUGUCCGUGAAGUGAGAAAGUAUUCAUCUAAAGAGCACGGCGCCGAUGCCAAGCUGCAGCCAAAUAUGUUCGACCACUUGCACAUGAAGCUUUUUAGAGCCCAGAGGAACCUGUACAUCUCUGGUUUUGCUGUCUUCCUGUGGCUCGUUAUGAAGCGACUGAUCACUCUGAUUAAUCAGCUGGCGUCAGUGUCUGGGACUACGGCUGCUCUUCAAGCACAGGCUGAGAAUGCUAACCAGACUGCUGAGAAAUACAUGAAGGACAAUGAACUGUUGAAACAGACUCUGAUGGAAGGGCGGGGUGAUAGGGCUACUGCUGAGGGCAUGGACCUGCUAAGGAAGGAAGUGGAGAAACUCAAAGAAGAAGUGAAGACUGCUGGAGAAGGUCUGAAGAAGUCGCAGUCAGAGGCAGAUGUAAUGAAGAAACAGAUGGAGGGCCUCGCCAGGGAGUAUGACAGGCUGUUGAAAGAACACCAGGAGCUCCAGAAUCUGCGAGACAGUGGAAAUAAAAAGGAAGAUUAGUUAACACAAAAGGUGAACGUAAAAGGUUGAAGUGUUUACUUAGCUCAGUCACAGACAAUUGCAACACAUGCUUUACCAUCUGUAACACCGUGUGUCAUAGUAUUU